AUAGAAAAGAGUCCACAGGUGUAUUUACUUCUGUCACUGUUUGCUUGCAAUUUAAUUGCUUUUUCCCCAAUUUUCGUUUAUUUCUAGCGGUUCUCGGUUUUGUUUUCCUUUGGUAAAGGUGGUUUGACAGGUCUUCAGGAUCUUCUUUGCCAGGACCCGCCGGCAGUUUUGCCCUCAGCCGUCCCUCCACCAGACAGAAAGAAAGGACCCCCCCCCCGGACACUUUCCCUUCCGGAUCUCCCUCUCCAUGGCUCUCUUCUCCCCGGCCUCCACCUCUUUGAAGCCACGGACAGCCCCCUUCCCCUCACGGCUCAUACCCGGCUCGCCCUACUCUGUGCUUGUCCUCCAGGAGGGUUUUUCGGAGGAGCUUUGCGACGGCAGCACCCGAGCGGACGGGACCGUCUCCCUGGUCUUGGGUCCCCAGCUCACCCUUGUGGACACAGGGGGUCCCUGGGGACGUGAGCGGCUGCUGGCGGGGCUGGCCGAGCAGGGCGUGUCCCCUGGAGACAUCCGCCACGUGGUCUGCACCCACGGCCACUCGGACCACGUGGGCAACCUCAACCUCUUCCCCGAGGCUCAGCUGGUCGUGGGCACGGACAUCAGCCGGCCUGAUGGACGUUACCUCCCCACGGAUCUGCGCCGGGGGCUCCCCUACCCACUCCACACGGGGCACCUGGAGGUGCUGCCCACCCCGGGCCACACGGGGAACGACGUCAGCCUGCUGGUCCGCGGCACUUCCCUGGGGGACGUCCUGGUGGCCGGAGACCUUUUUGAGCGUGAGGGAGACGAAGGAGAGUGGCAGCCGCUUAGCGAGGACCCUGCGCGGCAGGCAGGGAGCAGGGCCCGUGCCCUGGGCAUGGCGGACCUCAUCGUGCCAGGGCAUGGGGGACCCUUCCAAGUCUUCAGGGAAGGAAGUGGGUCUCGAGGAGAGGGUCUGGGUGGACUCCACAGCCCCAGCCAAGAGCUGCAGAGCUGCUCUGUGUCCCCCAACAAAAAUGGUGACCAAGAGGAUGAAGGGUUUGGAAACUAAGCCUUGUGAGAAGCGGUUG